AUGGCUGUUGGGAUGCGUGGUGAGAGCAAUUCAGCAUGUUGGGCUGCUGUUCCCGACGAACUGAUGGCAGAAAUACUCUCCUGGCUCUCCGUGAAACAUCUUAUGCAAUUGAGGUCAGUCAACAAGUUUUUCAAAACUCUCAUCUCCAAUCCUUACUUCGUUCAAAUGCAUCUCAACAAAUCAGCACGAACACCUAAUCUCGCACUUAUCUGGCUAGACAGCAUGGAAGACCGUGAUUCCCAUUUCGUUAGUAAAUCCGUUCCUCGUUUACUCCUUCACAAUGAUCCUUCCUAUCGACUCAUCAAUUUUGUCCGUAUAAGCCGAGUUGUUGGUUCAUGCAAUGGACUCAUAUGUCUUAUUUGUAGUUCAUACCCUUCUUCUUUCGAUGAAUGGCUUUGUUUCUGGAACCCUGCUAUCAGAACAAUCACUCCAGAAUUUGGACUAUUUUCUCGGAGCUCAGAUAUUAAGUUUUCUUUCGGUUAUGAUAAUUUGAAUAAAACUUAUAAGGUGGUAGCAUUCUUGGUCGAGUUAGAGGUUCACGGUACUCUAAAUAAUAUGGUCCAGCGUACUCUAAAAAAUAUGGUGAAAGUUUUCAGCUUGGGUGAUAAUUCAUGGAGAGAUAUUCAAUGUUUACCUGUCAUUCCCCUUCACUGGUUUGAUGCUCGGAACAACAAAGAUGUGUAUUUCAAUGGUACUAUUAAUUGGCUGGCCUAUUGCAAUCAUGAUUUUUAUUUGAGGGGUAUUCCUGAAAAUUAUGUAAUUCUUUCCCUAGAUCUCUCCACUGAGUCAUACACUCAGAUCAUGCUGCCUCCUGGUUUCGACAAGGGGCCGAAUGUUCAGGCAAAUAUUGCGCUUUUGAUGAAUUUUCUUUGUUUCUGUCGUGAUUUUGAGAGAAAUCAUUUUCUCAUAUGGAAGAUGAAAGAUUUUGGAGUUCAAGACUCUUGGGUUCAAUUAUUUAAAAUUAGCUAUCACAAUUUCUAUUCAACCAACGCUCAAUUAUUUGAUCUUCAGCACUUGGAAAUCUUGCCGAUAUACCUUUCUGAGAAUGGUUAUACUUUGAUAUUCACACAUAAUUAUAAUUCUAACGCACCAGUGUUUAUUUGUGAUUGCAGAGAUGAUACUGUAGAGCCAACAAGAAUUAGUGAUACCAUUGGCUGGUUGUGGGCUAAGGAUUACAUUGAAAGUUUGGUUCCAACUUGUUGA